GUUUUACAAUAUUAUACUUUACAAUUGUUAUGAUAAUACCGUAGUAUUGGCAGUUCCAAAAAAUACCAUGGUUUUAAGAAAUAUUGUUUGAAUAUAACAUUGUAAACUAUGGUUAAACAAAAGCUAGUCAUGCUUUAAAACUUUAGGUUGGACUAGAGUUUUUAAUACUCCAAAAAUACGAUGGUAUCUAUAAUACCAUGGUUUUGAAAACAUAGCUUUCAGGAUUGCAACAAAACACUACGAUAUUGCUAAAAACUAUGGUAUUGUCUAGAAACUGUAAAAAUACUUCACUUCUAAACAGUGCAUAUGUGUGUGGAGGGUGUCUUGGACAUAUAAGACACGUUUCCAGUGACCAAACAAGCAGUGAUGAGUGAACGUGCUGACGAUGACAAGUUGACAAGGAUCUUUGAGAAGCUAAGCAAACUCAAUUUCAACGAAACAUGGCUAGGGUAAUUAAUACUUAUGAUAUAGAAGAAAUAUGAGUAAAUUAAUUUUGUGAUGUUUUUUUAAGACUUAUUUUCCUGUAAAUUUUUAGGUAAGGUUGGCAUGGAUGGCAUGGCCGGUCUAAAACCGAAAUGCGUGGACCUGCAUUGGAUUUGUAUAAUACUAACAUGCUGCUCCCUGCUGAUGGGGAUCAGAUGCUCUGCUCUAGUUAAUAUCUCAGUUACCUCAUCCAUGCAUGCCAUGACUCGUCAACGAGCUAAAAUUCUGUACCUGUCUUCUUCUUCAUCCCCUCGUCCUCCAUGGGAGCACCUCUCCUUCUCCUCCCUCUUCUCUGCUGCUGCUGCUUCGCAUUACUCCUCCAAGUCCAAGGAGCAGACGCCGCGACAUUGACUAUCACCAACAGCUGCGGCUACACGGUGUGGCCGGGCCUCCUCUCCAACGCCGGCGCGCCGGCGCCGUCGACCACGGGCUUCGCGCUGGCCCCGGGGCGGUCGGCCGCGGUGACCGUAGCGGCGGCGUGGUCGGGCCGCGUCUGGGCGCGCACGCUCUGCGCCACGUCGCCUGCCGCCUCGGGCGCCACCUUCGCGUGCGCCACCGCCGACUGCGGCUCGGGCGCCGUCGAGUGCGCCGGCCGCGGGGCCACGCCGCCGGCCACGCUGGCCGAGCUCACGCUAGCCGGCGCCGGCGACGACGACGACGACUUCUACGACGUCAGCCUCGUGGACGGCUUCAACGUGCCGAUGCUCGUCGCGCCGCGGGCGGGCGCCGCCAACGGGAGCGGGUGCCGCCCCGCGGCGUGCGCCGCCGACCUCAACGCGGCGUGCCCCGCGGAGCUGCGCGUCGCCGCGGGGGCGGGGGCGGGGGCCGGGGCGCCGGGCGUGGUGGCGUGCAGGAGCGCGUGCGAGGCGUUCGCGGCGGCCCAGUACUGCUGCAGCGGCGCGUACGGGUCCCCGGCGACGUGCGCGCCCACGCCAUACUCCCGCUUCUUCAAGGCCGCGUGCCCGUCCGCCUACAGCUACGCGUACGACGACGCCACGUCCACCUUCACCUGCGCCGCCGCAGGCCGCGGCGGCUACGACGUCGUCUUCUGCCCCAGGGCGUCCAGCCUAAAAUCAGGAGGGAAUCCCGAGGCGGCGGGCCUUCCUCCCUCGGCCUCGACGAUGGAGUGCUCUGGGGGCGCAGCAGGCAGCUUGACGGCGAGGAGGGACGCGGUGGCGGCGCUCCUGCAGACGCUCGCCGUCUUCUCGGCGAUGUCGUGGCGACGGUGGUGGUGACCAUCGCCUGUUGGCAGGUGGUGUUUACCUUGCCAACUGGCAGGCUUGGCUUAGAGAUUUCCAUUAUGUUUUCCGUUUUUUUUACUGUGGCAAGAGUUGUUGAACAGGUAGCUACUAUUUCGAUCAAAGAGUCACACGUGUUUUUUUUAACUUGCUAUAAACAUGGUUUGUAUUUUUGUA